CAGAGUUCUGGGCUGUUCAGGAUUUUGGAGAGGAGGAGCGCGCACUUUUUCCUCAUUUCACUACCACUACGUUUACCCUGCAGUCACGCUUGCAUCACUUCGUCUCCACGUCUGCCUGCCCUCUCCAAACUAUACAAUAUUUGACCCUUUAGGCUUCUCUUCAGCGAUUCUCCAGCUUUUGAUUUUCUGUUCCACCAUCAGCCAUGUUGAUCAUUUUGGCCCUCAUCAUCCUCUUCCACAUCACCUCAGCAAUUCUACUCUUCAUAGCAACCAUCAGAAAUGUAUGGUGGGUUUGGAAGGAUUACUCCUUAGAUCUCUGGUAUCACUGCAACUCCACAGACUGUUAUGAUAUACCAAAUAGUGCAACCUCUGAUGCAGCCUAUCUUCAGACUGUCCAGGCCACCAUGAUACUGGCCACUAUCUUGUGCUGUGUGGGUUUCUUUGUCUUCAUCCUUCAGCUCUUCCGUCUGAAGCAGGGCGAAAGAUUUGUCUUCACGGCCAUCAUCCAGCUCUUGUCUGCUUUCUGUGUCAUGACCGGCGCAUCUAUCUAUACAGCUGAGCACUUAAGCUUCAAAGACAAGAAUUUUAAGGAUGGAGACUAUGGAUAUUCCUUUGUUGUGGCUUGGGUCGCGUUCCCCAUGACGCUGCUGAGUGGCUUGAUGUAUCUAGUGCUAAGAAAACGCAAAUAAAGCACAACACACCACCUCACUAGCUGCACCCAGCUACAGCCUUAGCCAAGAGACUUUAUUUGUAAUGACACUUGUUUUUUUUAUAUGUAGAUUAAAUAUUUGCCAAAGUUAGAAUGAAGUAGAUGAUCUUAUAAUAUUAAUCACGGCGUACUGGAAACAUAAUUAGAUUUUAUUCAUAGUAUGUCACAUUUUUUAACCUUAUGUAUAAUUUAGCUCUACCUGCCCAGUAAAAGAAGUGCUGUGAUUUAGAAAGGUAAAAUAGGGCAUGGAAAAAGACAAAGAGUGGGAGAUAUAAUCGGACAUACAUAUACACACA